AUGUCUGGGGGAUUUUACUCGUCGCCCUUCUGGGCUGGCUAUCUAGAGACUCAGCGGAGCAGGCUACCUGUGCUCCCAGAAAUCGACGAUGGCUUGUCUCACUGUGUCGUGCGCUUUCUUGGAUACAACCCUGGUAGCAUGCAGCUGCAGGGCACCAACACAUACCUAGUCGGUACUGGAAGCACCAGGAUACUCAUCGACACUGGAGAGGGAGCUCCGCAAUGGGCAGUCAGUGUGACCCGUUAUCUCGAAGACCACGACAUCUCCAUCUCCCACGUCCUUCUCACGCAUUGGCACAAGGACCAUACCGGCGGAGUAGCCGACCUUCUUGCGCAUGACCCCAGCAUAAUAGUGUACAAGCAUGCGCCCGACCCGGGCCAGCAGGCCAUUGCGAAUGGCCAGACUUUCAAAACACAAGGUGCCACUCUAAGAGCGGUCCUGACGCCUGGGCAUGCUGUCGACCACAUGUGCUUCUUGCUGGAGGAAGAGAACGCACUGUUCACCGGCGACAAUGUGCUAGGCCAUGGCUACAGUGUUGCUGAGGACCUGGAAACCUACACUGCCAGCCUCCGCCUGAUGGCAGGGCUCAAGUGUUCCGUUGGAUAUCCCGGCCACGGAGACGCGAUACUCAAUCUGCCGCAAACGAUUGCAAGAUAUAUUUCGCAGAGAGUCGCAAGAGAAAAGAAGAUAUAUGCCAUCUUGGCCCUGCAUGCUUGCUCUUGUUCGUCUCGCAAUGGGGGCAGCACGAGCAGUAUUGGGAGCGUCAGCGAGUCUGGUGAUAGCGACGAGGAGGAUAAUAACAUGAAAACGAGUAGACCUGCAAUGCAGGGUCUCUCAACAGCAGAGAUCGGCGGUCUUGUCUAUGGAGAGUCCGUCAAGAAUAGCCCAACGUUUGACUCGGCUGUAGGCCCUCUAUUGAACCAGGUGCUGUACAUGUUGCUUGAGCAAGGCAAGUGCUGUGACCACGUCUCUAUUCUGGUUAUCUUUCAAAAGCCAGGCUUCUUUUCAAUCCCUGUAAUUUAG